UUUCAAAGUUUGCGACAAUCAAACUUCGAGUUUUGCAUUCAACAUUCAAGUUUAAAUUGAACUUCAUGCAUCGUGACUUGACCUUGACACAGUAAACCGCUGUACAGAAAGUGCCCAGACUCAACAAAAACCGCUGGAUCAAAUGCAUGCAGACUCAGGUAAUAAUUCCCACGUGGAGUUGUUUUCUCGUUGGUGGUUUACAAUGGCUUCACGCAAUAAUGUAAGUUCAACGCUUCGCAAGGUUGCACAGCAACUGAUGUCUUUGGCUAAUCAUGGUGUUAGCAAUGCAGCAUUGGAAACAAGUGAUAACGGAGCAAUUACUAGCUCAAACAGUACCAAUAUCAAUACCCAGAGUAGCUCCAACAGUAAUAUCAGUACCCAGAGUAGCUCCAACAAUACUAACAUUAAUACCCAGAGUAGCUCCAACAGUACCAAUGUUAAUACCCAGAGUAGCUCCAACAAUGCAUCUAGUAGCAGUAGUAACUCAUCAACUGAACACAGAAAGGUGUUUAAUUAUAUGCCAAGGGCUUCAAUCUUCAGACCUUCAGCAUCAUCCAAAAAAAAGGGCAAAGGAAAACUGCAAACCUGCACCCUAAAGUUCUUUCGCUUGGCAGAUAUCGAGCAAGAUAAGCCACCUGGAUCAAUUGCAGGAACAACCUUAUCAAACUGCGGGCUUGGUCCAGCUUCAAUAACGAUAGACCUCAACAGUUCCAUGAAAAACCUGCAUGCAUGUUUGAUAGAGAGAUAUCCUCUCCUAGAAGCAGCUGGUGGCUAUGAGUUGCUCCUCUACCAACGAGGUGGAGAGGAGCAAGGAUUCCACCAGUUGCCUUCACCAUAUCUACCUUCGCGCAUUAAAGACAUUGCAGGGCAAUCACAAAUAUAUAUACGACCUCUGCAGAAGAACCUGUUGGAACUUUCUGACGAGUCUUUUCCAAGAUUUCAGUGUCAGGAACCAGACGAAUCCCCUGAGGAUGCGCCACUUGUACAGUGUAUGGAAUGCAAUGAGCAAUUAAGUAUGCACCAACUUAGAGAACACCAGCUAAAGUCACAUGGCAAGAAAAGAAAGAAAACAAAGUCUUCAUUCAGUGAUAAGUGCUUCUUCAAUGAAAGUAAUAGCAGUGAUGAGGAUGACUCAGUGCUUCCAUCCAAAUCCACAAAAGCUAAAGUAGCUAAGGUAUCAGAUCAAGAUGAAGAUUUAGAGAAACUGUCAGAAAUGUUUCCAAGUGAAACCAGAAGUGAUCUUCAGAAUUGUCUGAAAGAAGCUGGAUCUGUAACCCAAGCAAUAAUGACUUUGCUUCAACCUAAAACAUCUCUUAUGAUAUCUAGUGAUGAUGAUUUAGAUUUAUCAGAAUCUGCAUUUGGCCCACCAUCCCUGAGUGAAGAAAUAUACAAUCUGCAAAAGAAUUUUGACAUUGGUCAAAAGGAGAAACUAAAAGUAGAUGAAGAAGAUAUCCUGAAUGAUGCAAUGACUUACUACAAGGACAGUGAUUUCAAUCCAUCAAAAAGACUUCGCAUUGUUUACAAUGGUCAACCAGCAGCUGACACAGGCGGAGUUGUGCUUCACUUCUAUACUCAACUCCUUAUUGCAAUUACAGGUACAUUCUUCCAAGGAGACGAGUAUCGUAUGCCAAUAUACAACAGUGAAACUGUGGCCUGUGGGUUAAUGAAAUUAGUAGGCACUAUUAUUGUGCACAGUAUACUGCAAGGGGGACCUGGCUUUCCUGUAUUUAGUCCAGGAAUAUAUUAUUAUCUGGCUAAGGGUGAUGUUAAGGAAGCGAUGGAAGUCCUCUCUGUGGAUGAUUGCUCAUUGGAGACAAGACACAUAAUUUCAAAGAUUGCAAAAGCAGAAAAUGUGGAAACUCUGGAUCAGGAGGAAAUAAUUACCGCACUCUCAAAUUGUGGACUUACCUUGCAAUUGACAAAUGACAAUAAGAUGAGGGUAGUGCGAAACAUGAUCAACUAA